UGAUAGUCAGCAGGCGCCGGCCCCGCCCCCUCUGCCCACCGGUGACGCAAGCGGCCGCGGUGACGUCAGGCCACCGCCCCCUCCCCGCCCUCGCGGUGACGUCACAUGGGCCGGUUGGCGCAGGCGCAGUGGCGUGGCCGUGUCCUCUCCAUUGCCCGGCAGUGAACGGCUGUCAGUCUGUGAACGGCCUGAGGGACACGCUGUACCGGGCUGGGCCUGGCUUCGGGCUCACCGCAAUGUCAGCCUGAAGAUGGCACAGAGAGAAACUGUGUUGCACCUCUUCGCGGGAGGGUGUGGAGGAACAGUGGGGGCAAUUGUCACUUGCCCAUUGGAAGUGAUUAAGACUCGGCUCCAAUCCUCAGGCUUAACACUUCGUCCGGUCUACAUUCCACAGGUGAACCUUAAUACGAUCAAUGGACCGGGUGUUGUUCGACCGGCACGUGUAGCACCCGGACUCUUUCAAGUUCUAAAAUCUAUCAUUGAAAAGGAAGGACCGAGAUCACUUUUCAGAGGGUUAGGACCUAACUUGAUAGGUGUUGCUCCAUCCAGAGCAAUCUACUUUGCUGCAUACUCCAAAACGAAGGAGAAGUGUAAUGCAAUCUUUGUGCCAAAUUCUAAUGUUGUCAACAUGUGUUCUGCUGGUUUUGCAAGCUUCAUUACAAACACAUUGAUGAACCCAAUUUGGCUGGUCAAAACAAGAAUGCAGCUGGAAAGCAGGAAGCGAGGUGAAAAAGCAACCAAUGCUUUCCAGUGUGCAAAAAAUGUUUAUCAAACAGAAGGAUUCAAAGGUUUUUACAGAGGUUUGACUGCCUCGUAUGCUGGGAUCUCUGAGACUGUGAUUCAUUUUGUUAUUUAUGAAGCAUUGAAGAAACAUUUAGAAGAGUGGAGAUUCGCUGUGAGGGAAAAUGACAAGACAGCUUCAGACUUUUUAGGAUUGAUGAUGGCAGCUGGCUUUUCUAAGACUUGUGCAUCUUGUACUGCUUACCCUCAUGAGGUAAUAAGGACACGAUUACGGGAAGAAGGCACAAAGUACAAAUCAUUUUUGCAAACUGCACGUCUAGUGGCAAUAGAGGAAGGUUAUUUUGCUUUUUAUAGAGGACUACAGGCACAGCUGAUACGGCAGAUUCCAAACACUGCCAUUAUGAUGACUACAUAUGAAUUGAUUGUUCAUGUUUUGGGAUAGUGUUGGAAGUAAAACGAAACUCAGCAAUCAACGGAUUCUGUUUUAUUGCACUGCAGUAUCAUAAACAGCCACAAACUAAACAAAAACGUGAGAAGUCACUGGUCAGACUAGAGACUGUUCAGGUCAAGUACAAAGGUGAGAUGUUCUCUCUGGAUUUGAGCCAAGUGGGCACUUUGGGUGCAAGAACUGGCAUUAACUUCCCUUGGUGAACCAGAAACAAACUUGCAAGGGUUCCUGUUACUGAUUGCUCUCUGGUGAUUUCUACACCGUAUACUAAAGGGCAUUCACUGAUACCAAAACCAUGAUGUCCUCUCUGGAUUGCUGCUGCUAGAACAGGCUGUCAAAUUGGACGCUUGGGGAAGUUUCUAGCUGGCAGGCAGCACCUGUAAAAUUGUACCAAAGUAAGAAUGAUCACUGACAGAAAACUGACAAAACAAAAGACACACACUUUCUCUGAACCUAAUCUGUGCAGUGAUAUCUGUGUAUUGGUCUCUAGUCAU